GGAUCCUAUAGUCCUUAGACAGACAGUCAGUCAGUCCAGUGGGUAGGUUUAAGUGGUGAGGAGUGGGACAGUCUGUUGUCGUGCACCUAACACCAUGGAUCACUACCCUAUGUACGGCCUGCUCGUGGGGUUUUCCCUCUGGGGAACCCUCUGGCGUCUCCUUUUCACAUUAGGCUUCUGGAACACAUUCACGUGUAGGGUGGAGACGAGGGGUGGCACUGGGACCAUUCCUUGCACAAAGGGGCAGGAGGAGGAGGCCGCAAAGAUUCUAGGUGAGGGGAAGGCCAGGAAGGAGAAGAAAGAGUUGGUGAAGCAAGCCAAGAAGUUGGCCUUAUUGAAGGAGCAGACCAAGAAGAAGAAACAGUUGGAGGAAGAGAUGGAGAAACUAAAGAAGGAAGAUGAAGAGAAGUUGAAGGCGGUGGAAGAAGAAGAGGUGGACGAAGAAGUGCCCCUUGUAAGAACGAGCACCAGAGAAAGAGGGGAGCCAAGUGGCACAAAAAGGGAAGACGAGUGGAUGGAGAAGAAAGUGUUUGAAUGGGUUGCCAAUCUGUCACUGGGGGAAGAUGAAGAAGCAAUGUUAUAUGUCCCUAGGGAACAGGAGGCAGUAGUGAAGAAGCUGGAAGCAAAAGAAGACCCUUUACGCUGCCGGACCAUAGAAGAAGAGAAGAAGUUAGAGUGGAAGUUGCGCCUCACAAGGGAGAAGAGGCAAAGGAUGAAUGCGGCGAACAAGAUGGUGAAGGAAUUGAAGAUGGUGGAGGAGCAGAGAACCCAGAUGGAGAGGCAAGAAGAUUUGCAGGGGAAGAUGGAGGUUAUGGCUAUGAAUAUCGAAGUCUUGGCAAAAGCAGUCUUGGCAAAAGCACAACAAUAACAAUAACAAUAUCAAUUUGUUAGGGGCCAGGACAUAGCCUUGCAAUC